GCGGGCCGCGGGUGGGAUGGAGACGGCCUUGGAGCAGCACCUGGAGGACACAAUGAAGAAUCCAUCCAUUGUUGGCGUCCUGUGCACAGAUUCACAAGGACUGAACCUGGGCUGCCGUGGGACCCUGUCGGAUGAGCAUGCUGGAGUGAUAUCUGUAUUAGCCCAGCAAGCAGCUAAGCUAACCUCUGACCCCACUGAUAUCCCCGUGGUGUGUCUCGAGUCAGAUAACGGGAACAUUAUGAUCCAGAAACACGACGGCAUCACGGUGGCAGUGCACAAAAUGGCUUCUUGACAGAUCACUCUCCACCCUGACAUGAUCUGACUUCUGUUUCCUACAACUACUAAAUUCCAGCAGUUAGGCCGUGGCAUGUGUACUGGGCAUUUUCCUUCACGCUUUUGAACAUUUCCUUGUGGUUUAGGUGAAAGCCGACAACGCAAGUUCCUUUCCCAUUGGACGAUUUAUGCCACGUCUCACGACAUCCCUCUCCCCACUCCCACCCCAUUUCCAUUCCCCAGCUUGCCUGCCCCUUCUGCCUUUGGAAUUUUGCUUUGGGGCAAAUGCUGCCCUUUCGAUCUCUUGGGGUUGAAGGCCAAGGAGCACGUUCCCCCUUGGUGUUACUUACUCUUCACCCCAGCCUACAGGCCAGCCUAUUAUUGUUCAGCUGUGGGCAAGCCUGGCGGUGGAGAGGUUAAGCGUGGGGCUGAUCACUGCAAUUCAAACCUCACAACAGCAGUUCAAACCUAUUAGCUGCUCCAUGGGAGUAAAGUGAGGCCAGCUGCUCCUAUCGGGAAUUAUAGUUUCGGAAACUCACGGGCAGUUCUACACUGUCCUACAGGGUCACCCUGAGUCGGUAUCGACUGAUGUUAGUGAAUUUGAGUUUGUUUUGGAUUUUUUAAUUUGGCUGUAUGGUGAACCUUCUCCAAUAGUGAGCUCAGUUUUCAAAUUGAAAAGGUGUUUUAAGGCCAGCCUCAGGAUUCCACCAAGCCCUUAUCAGACCAGCAAGUCUGAAUUUGGAUUUUGUCCUACAUUUUUCUCUUCUGUAAUCCCGGUCAGAGCCGCUAGAGGUAACAGGCUGCAUCCUGUUCUAGUUUCAGGAGAGUAGAUGAUGUGGCACAGUCCUUUGGACUAAUAGUUUGCUUUCGUCUUUGACUUUCUUCAACCCCCUUUGCUCCAGAUGGGAAGAGACCAAUAGUUGUGUAUUAGGCGGCUACUUGCAGGCUUUUAAGACUUUGGAUGUUUUGCUGUUUAUUUCAGAGUAAGCUGCUUUGGGGGCGCUCUGUGGACUAACCUAUCACAGUAUUGGUGAGAAAGGCUCGUGUGUAGCAGCAUGUCAUGAUGACUGUAGAAUUAAUUAUAUUCAAUAAAUCUGGUUGGAGGAAUGUUA